AUGCAGAAAGCGCCGUCGACCAUGGAAACGUCACGAACAGAAGACAUGUUCAAGGACGAUCGGCGGGGCCAGGAAGAACCACGAACAUUUGGCGAAUCACUGGCACGAUUCUUUGGCGUCAUGUUUUGCUGUAUGAGUAGUUAUGAUGAUGAAGUGGAUGAGACGCAUGGCAGUGACCGGAAGCUGGAGAUUAGUGCACCGACCAACUUUCGGAGAGAGGAAAUGGACAUACCUGGCUUGACAGAAGAACAAAGCAAAAUGUACCGCGAAAAACAACGCCGCGACGCAGAACGCAUGUGGAACCACCUCCAACCUCUCCGCUCCUCACCCUCCGGCACCUUCGCCGAAAGACCAGCAGACAACUACCCAACCUACGAAGCCUUCACUCAACCCCGUUCCGCUCCAAAACCAGGCCAACCGCGUCGAAGUCCCUUGCACGUCGACACCUCCCCCAACUCCACCCUCGCACAAUCCACCUCUCCCACCACAGCCAACUCCCGCGCCGACUCCGCUUUCCACCAGUCCCGCUCCAACCCCCGCCUCACAGAUCGCGUCAAAGCCCAUAGUCGGAAAUUCUCGGAUUCUUGGAAUUAUCGGAAAUCUGCGCAGGGGGUGGAUUAUCAUCAACCUCCGUAUAAUGCGGUUUCGAAAUAUGAUGAUGUGGAAAUGGCGAGGUUGAUGUUGAAUUCUGAGAGUAAGACGGCGGUGAAUAGUUCUACUGGGUCUCCGGUGGGUGAGGGGAAGCAGUCGGAGGAUAGUUUUUGUACGAGGGUGACGGAUGUUGUUGAGAGUACGGAGCGGGUGGGGGUGGGGAUGGGGUAUAAGAUUUGAGUUGAAUUGAAUGGAUGGAUGGAUGGGAGGGCAGGCAGGAUUGUUGGGUGGCGGCGUCAAGGUGUGUGGGCUUGCUUGUAUGGUGUCAUGGAGAGCGAUAUAUCAUGACUUUUUGGGAGUGAGUACCUUAUCGAUGUGGGCAGAAAAUAACAUCAUGGAAUAGAAAAGGGAUCGAAGUAGGGGAUAUGACAGGCACUCCGAAUUUUGCCUGUGGGCUUCAGCUUCUACGUAACCACAU